AAAUCCACAUUGGAAGAGCGCUUUUUUUGACCGGUAAGCAGAUAGCAUGCUCAACUUUUAAACAGAAUCGACUGUUUUGGCACAUUUAAUGCUCGAAUUGAAUGAAUAAAAGGACACUUGGUCAAGGAAUCUGAGCAUAGCAAUAUGAUGGCGCCGGUAGAUCCACCAGUGGGAUCCUUUCUGAAGUGCUUCGUCUGCGUCUCCGAUGAGGGCAGGAUUUGGACAGAAUUGAUACAAGGUUUCACCGAGGAAUCCGCCGAGGUGGAAAAGAACCUUGCUCACCUGCAAAAGCUUCUGGAGAAAGCACAUGUGAAGCCCAACGUGAUUUGCAGAGGCUGCAAUAUGCAGCGAUACUGCAGCCUGUCCCAUCUCGUGGCGGAUCGCCAAGAACACCAGCCCCUCUGCGAGGUGCUGAGGGAUCUGCAGAAGUCCAUGAAGAUCGAUCACCCGUUGAAGCUGCUCGGUCAAAUCACCGAUCGCAGGAAGCUUCAGCUCGUCAUUUCGCAGCUAAAGAUGGUCCUGCUGGCCAAGUUGGGCAGACCACUGAAUCAGCGGGAGCAUCAGCUUAUCGGCAACCCAGCCGUGUGCGACGUGUGCUUCAGCACUGAAGCUCUAGAGGACUGUAAAGGAUGUGCCGGAGUGGCCUUCUGCUCCGAGGCACACCAACGUCUAGUCAGGGGCUAUCACACCCCGAAGGAUUGCCAGACUCUGGCUCUGAUUGCCACUCCGUUUCGUCAGUUGAACUCUCUGGUGAAUAUCAAGGACUUCUACCGCAGCUGCCCACUAAAAGAGUCCAAUCUAAUCAAGGCUUUCUCCGAAGCCACCGACAUACGGAUCAGCAACACACCCUGGACCGAUCUGGAAUCGUACCAGCUAUUCGCUACCUGUUCCUCCUUCAGCGGCAUCGCUAGUCUGUGUCUGGCCCUGUCGCACAUUACCUGGGUCCCAGAUCCGGAUAAAGCUGUCAUCGUCUACGUGGCCGGCGCCACCAAGGACACUUUGCGCUACUUCGAGGACAUGCACCUGCGUUUUCUGUUCCUGCAGUACCCAAGCAUUCGCAAUCUCGAAUUACACUUCAUUGGAAAAACCGUUGGGCGCAUCGGCCAAGUGGAUACCAAAUUCAUCGACAGAGGCUUUGAACAAACCGUGGUGAAAUACUUUUACCCCAUGUCAUUUUCACAAUAUUCCUGCAUUCUAAAUGUGGAUCCCACCGUGAUUCUCAUCAUGCAACCCGAUUUCUUCGGAGUCGGUAAAGUAACCCAGAGAAUUUCUAGCUUUAUUAAAAAGAAGGUUCCACUCGAAAACGAAUGGAAGCCUUGCUUGUCAAGUGUUAUUCGAUCAUUUGGUGUUCCCAUUUGCUACACUUCGAUCUCAAGGGCUCAGGCCAUUUCCGAUUUCGCGGCCAUCACAUUGUCCGCUGUGCAGAGCAAGAUUGCCAUCGAGAAAGCCUACAAUAUAUUGGACAAUCCCUAUCGCGAAAUAUUGCCACUGCACAAUCCAGCACCAGAAGAUACCGAGAGGAUUGUGUAUGCCAAUAACUACCUCGAGGUUAUCUUCACCAGCAACAAGAAAUGCUAAUGACUACCAAAGACUAUAUAAGGCUUAGUUUAGUUCACAUAAUACCUUCGACUAUGCCGACAUUUGAUAUGGAACAGGUGCUCGUCACAUACAUAUUCUAAGUUACCUGAUUACUGCCACAAGU